AAGAAGCAGCGUGAGGAAUCAAGCUCCGUGUCCAAAGAACGCGAUAUUCGGUUUGGCCCAUGGAGAAAGCAGCAGCGGCCUUCGCGAUGGAGACGCCAAAGGAGCUCGAGAAAGGCCUGACCUUGGAGUACUUGGCGCUACCUUCCCCGAUCUCCGGUCGCGGCGGAGUUGUACGUUUCUUUCUUUUGGCCAACAAGGUGGUCUUUACGGAGAAGCUGCACUCGUUGGAGGACUGGGGAGGCAGUGUGAAGGCGAAGUACGUGGCAGAGGGCAUCUCACCAGCAGGGCAGCUUCCGCUUCUUUGGGUGGGUGAGAGCCCCAAUUCAGAGCACAUCAGCCUGAUGAGGCUGGUCGCCGGCCUUGCCCAGCUCAAGACAGCGAAGGAAGCCGAUUGCUGGAGCCUCUACGUUCAGGACAUGGUUGCGGAUGCCUAUGCGGAAUGGCGAGGCGCCUGGGCCUCUGCCACCUUCGGCGGCGAUGCUGCAGCCAAGGAGACCUACAAGGCCACCGUCCCGGGCCGCUUGAAGCAGUUUGAGGGCGUCCUCGCCAAGGCCGGCCUCAAGGGCGCCUUCAUCUCGGGAGACCUUCCGCUGUGGGGCGAUAGCGCCCUCUUCAGCCUCAUCUCAGACAAUAUCGUAACGGGCUGCAUUGGAGCAGACGCCGUCAAGGAGUUCCCCCUCCUGCACCAGAUAUGCACGGCUUACGCGGGCAUUGAAGCGGUGGCGAGUUGGUACGGGGCCUCCUUGCCCUGGAAGUGAGUUGCUUGGCCCCCCCCCGUUCUCCUGGUUCCAUUUAAGCGCUUGCACAGACUGCGCCAUUUACGCAGAUCCUUGCGCUGAAUGCGCAGAGAUGGAAGUUGCGGGACUCCCCGCGGAAGAGGAGGGCGGAAUGACAAGACCUUCGCACCUCCGCCCGCGGCCUGGUCUUUCUGAGGUCGGCUUCCCGCGCAUCGCUCAGUGAGAAA